CCGAGAUGCAGUCUAAAGAACUACGACGUGAAAUAAGCCAACUGAGGGACGAGCUGAGAUCCGCCGUUGACCGCGUCAGCAGCCGCACCAAGUGUUUGGAGGACCGGGUCGAGAGCCUGGAUACUGCCGCUAAUGAUCACUCGGACCUCAUUACCACUCUCGAACGAGACGUGCAGCAGCUAAAAAAGGACAUGAAAAUCUUCUCUGACAGGAGUGAGGACCUGGAGGCGCGGUCUAGGAGGUGCAACCUCCGCAUCACCGGGAUACAAGAAAAACGGGAGGCAGGGAAGAACCCAACUGACUUUGUAGCUAAACUACUCCAGGAAACGCUGGGCUUAGAAAAAGAGCCACUACUAGACAUAUGCCAUCGCACCCUACGGGAACGGCCCCAGGAGGACCAGCCACCCCGCGCCUUUGUGGUAAGAUUUCACUAUUACCGGGAGAAGGAAGCGACCCUCCGCAAGGCAGCCACGGCCACAGAUCCGACAACGUCACACGGAGACAGGAUCAGAGUAUUCCCCGACUAUACCCAAGCAGUCGCGAAGCAGAGAGCCGCCUUCAGGGAUGUGAAAGGCAUGCUAAGAGGCUGUGAUGGUGUCAAGUACGGACUGUGGUAUCCCUCGGUUUUGCGGAUCACAACGGCCGAUGGAAAGCGACACAGUUUCACAGACCCGGGGGAGGCGAAGGACUUUGUUUUGAGGAACGUGGCUAAACAGAGCGGCUAAGAUGCUAGGGGGCUAGAUUACUGUCCAAGGUCCCACAAUGACCCAGGCAAACAGGGCACCGAGUGUGGGUAAGGCGGCAACUACUUUGGUUAGCUGGAAUGUUAGAGGUCUCAAUCAUCCAGUAAAGCGCAGCAAAGUGUUUUCCCACCUCCAGAAGCUAAAAGCAGACAUAGUAUAUCUCCAGGAAACUCAUUUACGUACUUCUGAUCACUCUAGACUCAAGCGGGGUGGUUUCUCUCACAUUUUCCACUCCAAAUUCAACACCAAAUAUAGGGGUGCAGCGAUCCUGAUAGUAGGCAUGUGCAGUUUGUGGAAUCUAAAGUAAUUGCAGAUACAAAUGGCCGCUAUAUCAUAGUGCAAGGUCAAUUGUACAACACACCUGUUGUGCUUGCAUGUCUCUAUGCUCCCAACUCAGAUGAUGCCGAUUUCUUUAGCAAUUUCUUCUCUCUGCUCCCGGAUUUGAACUCCCAUCACCAAAUUUUGGGGGCAGACUUUAACUGUGCCCUCAAUCACACUCUGGACCGCUCCACUGUCUCCUCUAGACCACUGUCAAACUCAGCUCGAGUGGUGAACUCCUUUGUUGAAGAAUACAGGAUGGUGGACCCAUGGCGAUUUAAGAACCCAACAUCGAAACAAUUUUCAUUUUUUUCUACAGCGCAGCAGUCAUUCUCCAGAAUAGAUUACUUCAUUUUAGACAAAAAGUUACUCUCUGUGCUUGAGUCCAGUGACUAUGAGAGCAUUGUUAUUUCUGACCACAGCCCAGUGACCAUGAAACUUUGUUUUCCAAACCAUGUACCACCACAAAGGAUCUGGCGUCUAAACCCACACUUAUUAUUAGAUGAAGAUUUUAUUAAGUAUAUUUCCACGCACAUCGAUACCUUUCUUGAAAUAAACCGUCAACCAGAGAUGAGUAUAGGCACUGUAUGGGAGGCCAUGAAGGCUUAUC